AUGGAUUCUACAGAUUAUAAUCCAUCCGCCAACGCGGCAGAACCUGACGACUCCACCUAUUCAAACAGGAGCAGCUUGCUCUAUCGGCUAUCAUCCCCCAUCGCAGCAACCUUGUCCACCAAGAGCCCUCAAAGCAAACCUAUCGGUAAGCACUGA